AAGGAGCGAACAGCCGGGAGCAGCAUGGAAAGGAAGCUGGGCGGUGAUCGCAAGUCCUCCGGGGCGGCGGCCGCGCCGAGCACAGUAUUACCUCUAUGAACUUUCGGGCAACACUCUUAUUGAGCGACCCAGACAGAUCUGUCCUUAUGUGAUUGUAGCUUUUCAGUACAAGGAAUCUAAAAAGAUGGCAGGACCAGAUCAUAAAAGCAUACUUGAACUCAGUGAAAAUGUUCUCAUGUCUCCCUGGAAAGGGAAAUUAAUUAUUCAAGGCUGUAUGCUGUGUGAUAUAACUCUUUGGUCCACUUAUGGUACAGUGAUUCCAACACUACCACAGGAACUAGAUUUUAAGUAUGUAAUAAAGGUGUCUUCUUUGAAAAAAAAACUUCCGGAAGCUGCCUUUAGAAAACAGAAUUACUUGGAGCAAAAAGUCUGUUGCCAAGAUUUGUGCUUCAAUUUGUAUAAGGUGGAACUGUCAAACAGACAGGAGGAAAAAGUAGAUAAACUAACAGAAUACAUUAAAAAUAAGCAAUUGGCAAUCAUCAAAUGCUUAGAAAAUCGGGGAUUUUUCAUUUUACUUACAUCAUCAGCCUUAAUAUCAGAACCAGAUCUUGGAGAUGAGAAGAUGGGUCUGUAUGGCUUGCAUUUAUUCCACUCACCCCUGUCAACAGGGGUAGAAGUUUUGAAAAUUGAAGAUGAUAUUUCAUUGAAGGUGAUACCUAUUUUACCUGCCCUGAAUUGUGCCCUGCUAGAAGCAAAGAAAUCACCACCUGAAGAAGAAAUCCGUCUAAACACACUAGUAAAGCGUAAUUUCCAAGAACUUUACAAGGUGGAAAGAAGCCCUUCAUUGACUGCUACUCCUCAGGAUGGAAUUAAAGAGACUGCAUUCUUGGAGAAACUGUCCAAUGGUUUUGACUUGGUUCCUCCAGCUGUAAAGUUCCCUUUAGAGUCUUUAGCUCAGUUGAGGUCUUAUUUUUCAGAUCCUAGUGGAUACAUUUUGGAAGUAUCUACUACUUUGGAUUUGUUAGCAGAGCAUCCUCAGUCUCCUGGUGUUUCAGAUGGAAUUUGUGAUGCUGGAUUUUCAUUAGUUAUGACUCCAGAUCCUGAAUUUCUUGACUCAGAGGCAGAAAUAAGAAAAGAAACUGAAACAGAAAAGAAUUUUGAAGAAAUGUUGAAAGCAAAGAAGAGAACUGUGCUUCCAUUGAGUCCAGCAUCAAAUCUGAGAGUGCAGCCUAAGAGAAAGGCCAGCAUGCUACCCAUGGUACAGAGUAAACGGGUGAACUUGUGCCGGCCCUUUCCCAAAAGAACUGCUUCUGAAUCAGACAAUGUCUUGGAUUCUCCAACAACUCUUAAGUUAGUUAAAGGACAGUUUCCUCAGAAAAGAAAAAGAGGUGCGGAAGUGCUGACUGCACAGUUUGUACAGAAAACCAAAUUGGAUAGGAAAAACCAAGAAGCUCCUAUUUCUAAAGAUGUUCCGGUGGCAACGAAUGCUAAAAGGGCAAGGAAACAAGAGAAAUCUCCAGUCAAAACUGUUCCAAGGGCUAAGCCACCUGUGAAGAAAUCUCCACAAAAACAGAGGGUAAAUAUAGUAAGAGGCAAUCAGAAUCCCAGAAUCAGAAAGCAGCCACAACCUGCCAAAGGAGAAACUGCUUUACCACUUCAAUCGGAAAUUUCAUCAAAUGGUCAAGAAGAUGGUAUUAGCAUGAAUACAGCUCAACCAGAAAAUAAUACAGUGGCUCAAAAAGAUCUUCCUGAAAACUCCAUUGUUAACUAUGACUCCCAGGCCCUAAAUAUGUUAGCUGAUCUGGCAUUAAGCUCUGCUACCUCUUCCACACCAUCAUCUGAGCCUAGAAACCUUCCGUGUUCCUCUGAAUUGCCACCAAACAAUGUUCUGCUCUCUAAAGAAAGUUCUUUGCGAGGCACAUCUGACCAUGAAUAUCAUAGGGGAGUUAAAAGUCAAAAAGGUGGAUUAUCGCCUAUGCCAUCCACUGAUGGUAGUAAUUUAGGGUCAGACUUAACUGUUAGCCAAGAUGAAGAGAGUUUGGUUCCCUGUAGUCAGGCCCACGCUAAAGCCCAGUCAGCACUUACUGAGGAAACACUAGAAUCUUCAGAUGCAAGCCAAAGCUCUUUUGUUGCUGUGGAACAUUCAUAUGCCCUGCUACUUGCACAGCAUUCGAAGAAACAUCUACAGCAGAGAGGGAUAUCGGGCCCUGCCUUUGCCAAGAAUGGGACAAAAGGCCCUGAAGCAGGAACCCCAGUGGGAAAAGUCAUGCCAUUUCGGCAUCAGCAGAACACCUCCCCACUACAAAAGCUUUCUGAGGAUCAGUCACUGAUAAAGCACAAGAGUCGAUUAAUGUCUUCCAGCCUGAAAAAUUUUUAUUGCUCUCAUAGGGUGUUUAGCUGUGAUGGCUCCUUUAAAGUCACUUUCAAAUGUGAAGCAGAAUAUGCAUUCGGCUUAGAUAGCAAAUAUACCAACAACCCACUGGAGAAAACUGUAAUAAGAGCAUUACAUGGGCCCUGGAACACUGAUUUGCCUGAUAAUGUGGAAGAAGUGAAGCUUUUACUUCAUAUGUGGGUAGCUCUGUUUUACAGCACACAGAACAGUGUCAUACAAUCAUCCCGAAAAGUGGUAGAACACAGCAACCCCACAAAAUAUGUGUCUAUAAAUAGCAUGUUAGAAUCUUUUGAACUCGGUGAAAUGGAGGAGUCCCUCAGUAUGGGAAGAUGUUCUGCAGACCCUCUAUUGGAAACUAAUGAAACUUCCAAAGUUCAUACUGCUGAAAUGUCUUUCCCUGACCCUAACUGCUUGCUUCCUUUCAUUAAACCACCACCUGCCAGAAGCUUGGAUCUCUGUGUACAGAAUGAACAGAAAGAAAUUUUUACAAGAGUAUGUCAUCCAGAUACUCCAGAAAGCAGGAAUUUCAUCUAUUCUUGUAAUAAUGAGGUAAUUGGGGGAAAAGCUAUACAAGAAUCAUCAGAUAAACUAGAGACUUCUAAUCAUGUGCUCUCUUGUAUUGGAAGUACCCAAACUAAUGGACCUUCUAUUCCUGGUGAAGUUAAAACCUCACAGCUUUUUGAUAGCACUAGAGUGGCUUCUUAUAAUGAUACUGUCACACAAGCCACAUUCACCAGGACUUACAAUGGAACCAGCAGUCAGCCCAUGAUGUGUCAAAAGUCUGUGUGCAGCACCCUUGAAAACAAAGUUGAUAUUCUUCAUGCAACAGUGCAGACAAAAACAGGUGCUUUGCAGGACCUUAUUCAGCAUAGCAGCCCCAUAAACAGUGACUAUCAGCCUUCCUUGGAAAAGAAGGAUGAUGAAAUGGAGUAUGUAAUGAUUAAUCUGGAACCAGUUACUUUCACUUUUGAAAAAAAUGCCUAUCUACCAGUACAGACAGAAGUUGUAAAUAGAGCUGAUAAACCUACAACCUUUAAUAUGGAGUUGAUUAAACAAGUAGCACCUGCUCCAAGUCUUAGACAUCCUGUAUCCACAUUGGAAAAGGCACAAACAUGGGAUCUUAGGGAUGUUCCAUCUCUAGCAGUGUCAGGACAGAAAGGCAUUAAGUACCUUUGUUCCUCAGUAAGUAGAGAGACACUUGCUAAAGAAAUAUGUCCAUUACAGAAAGAGAUGCCUCUUCCAGUCUCAUCAUCACCAUCGGAUAAUGCAAUGGUAAUGGAGACAUUAUCAUUAGUUAAAAGUCCUAGUUAUCCAUUACCCAGUGAAGAAAUGAAACACACUCAAGAAUUUUUUCUGCAGACUCAGAGUCUCUUUAGCAUGUCUUCAGAAGAGAUAAUAGAGCCAACACAGGUUGAAGUAGCAUCAUCGUCAGCCUCCACCACCUUGGAAAAAAUGAAUUCACUAAGCUGCAUUCCAUCAAGAAGUAAUAUAUCUGAUGGCUUCUUGUUAGAACUAAGGAAGAAUGACAAGAGUAGUCUAAAUAGUGAAAAUAUGAAUUUUGAGUCAUUUAAUUCAGCAUUUACCAAACAAACCAGCCUAUCUAUGAAUAGAGAAGAGCUUAGCCUAGAGUUAUCAGAAGAAGAUUCUGAUAUUGAUCUAACUCUAACAAUAUCACCACCUACAAGUCCCAGAGAAGAAAUGUCAUCUGGUGAAAUAGAGCAACUUCAAGAGGCCCCAUUAUCAAAUUUAGAACUUCAAGAUAUAGCCAAAGAAAUAGUUGAGCCAGAAGAGGUGACCCUCAUAGAAAAUAGAGAAGUGAUUUCUGCUGAGUAUAUGUCAGUGCACCCUGUAGCGUCAGAAGAACCAUUAGAAAACAAGAGGAAAGGUGAUCAUUUACAGCCAGUUACUUUAAUACUUUCUAAAGAAAACUGCACCCUUGAGAUUGCAGAGGAAAUUAAUGUUACCUCUGACUUUCCCUUUGAUUCUGUAAUUGAAGAAGUGUCACCAGCUUCUAGUCCUGACCCCCCAGUACCAACUGAAGAAACACGACCAUCUCAGGCUAUGUCUCCAUGUAAUUUAAAACUUCAUGGUACACAGUGUGAGAAAAGUAACACAUUCUCCCAGAUUAGGUCUGGAGAUUUAGCCAUAACAGAAAAAAAAAAUUCUUUUGUUGGUCCCACCCAUCCAGUAGGACAAGAUAACUUAACUCAUGUACAGCAAAUUCACCUCUCUGCUGAAAUGCCUCUGAUAGUAACUAAUCAUCCAAGAAGACAAGGUAGAUUAACCCUUCCUGGUAAAGUAACUGAGGAAAUUGUCCAGAGUGGGUGUGCUGAGGCUUUGUCUUUCUCAGAAAAGGUGCAGGACCGUGGUACAGAGUUAAACCAGCCUGCCUCAGCUGCCGAAUGUGGGGGUGACUUCAACCCUUCUCUUGAAAAACUGGUAAAAUCAGGAAAUUCAUUGCAGCCAGCUAAUAUAGAGAACAGAAAUUUAGACUUAAAACACCUUGUCUUGGGUGCCAGUGAACCUCCAUUUAGUCCUAGAAAGAUUACUGAAAGUAAGUCUUUGGCUGACACAUUGGUUUCUACGACUGCUCCAAGUAGUAUAGUGAGUGUGUCAUUACAGCAUACUAGCCCUGAAAGCAUUAAGAAAAAUCUCUUUAACAGUGAUGUGAAAACAGACAAAGGCAAUUAUAUUCAGGUUAAGUCCUCGAACUCGGAUUCAAAUGCAGUUGGUGGAGAUGUUACACAGGCAUACAUGCACUCAGAGAUCUCAAAAUGUGGCUCUCUUUCAGAUAGUGCUACAUUAGCCCAUUAUACAGGACAAAUUAAUAUAGAGCCAGGGUUUCAAACACAGGAAAUACCAGUGCUCAGAAUUGCCAGUUUGCUUAAGAAUAGUGAAACUGAAACUGAGUUACAUGAAGAAACCACAGGUCUAGGCGCUGUUGGCCCUCAGUCUAACACCACAUCUCCAAAAGGCAAACAAAAAACAAUCCAAGUGUUGCAAGAUAUGUCAACAUGUGAAACAAAAGAGUUGAAUGGUGGGUUACUCCCCAUGUAUGCCAGUUCUUACCAAAAUACAGCAGACACCAGUGAAAAUAUCAAUAAAGAGCCUUCUGCUUCCUUUGUUCCAAAAUCCUUUGACUAUCUUGUUUGUGGCAUCUAUAAAGAACACAGGGACAGUAAGAGCACUGGAGAGGGGCUCAGGGCGGAGGCAGAGGCUGAAGCCAUGGGCAGAGACACGAAGGGCCGUGUGAGUGCUGGCAUGCACUAUGAACUGCUGUCUGGAGACACUGAUCCAGACUCUCUUGGUGAAUGCAAAAAUCCCAAGUUAGACAUGGAGGAGUCUUGCCCUUUGCGAGGUAGUCACAUCAGGAAGAAAGAAGAUGUCACCAAAGACGAUUAUGACUCUUUGGUGAACUUACGCACUAGUGAUCAUGACGACUGGGGCAUAUCUAACCGAGUUCCAGGUGUAAAGAUGAGCCUUCCUCCCCGAUACUGGGCCAGUGGAUUAAAGAAAGAAGAGAAGCGUGUUCCAUGUUAUAUCCAAAUCCGAGAUCUCCAUGGGAUCCCCAGGACUUAUGCCAACUUUAUUAUAACGAAAGAGCUCAAAGAUACCACGAGAACUUUACAUAGCCUGAGGAGGCACCCGGCUUUCGCCGCAAACCGCGGCCUGCUCAGCUCCUGGACAAGCACUUGGCAGGUGGCAGAUGAUCUCACCCAGAACACUUUAGAUAUAGAGUAUCUGCGUUUUGCACAUAAGCUAAAACAAACUGUAAAGUAUGGGGGUUCUCAGGAUUCUGCCUCUACUACCAGUGUCUUUCCAAAGGAGUCACCUGUCCAAACUGCUGUUGGAGCCUUCCCUUUGACAGAAAUAUCUGAGACCCCAGUUCUGGAUCCUGUGUCUAGGAGCAGAAGCCCCCUUCUGGUGACAGUUGUGCACUCAGACCCCAGACAGCAGAGUCAGCACAGAAGAGGCCACACACCCAGCAAUUUGGACAGCUCUUUCUCCUCUUGGAAGGAGAGAUGUAGUUACAGUAGAAAUCUUGUUACAGAUUCUCAAAGAAAUCACACUGUUCCUUUGCACCUCAACAAACUGAAAUAUAACAGUACUUUGAAAGAACCUCGGAAUGAUAUUUCACUUAUUCUUAAUGAAUAUGCUGAGUUCAACAAGGUGAUGAUGAAUAGCAACCAAGUAGUUUUCCAAGAUAAAGAGUUAAAUGUUGCUUCCGGAGAAGCCAUGUCUCAAGAGAUGUGUCUGUCUUUUCCAAGACAGUCAGCCUCCUAUGAAGACAUUAUUACCGACUUGUGUACCAAUUUGCAUGUCAAACUAAAAAGUGUUAUGAAAGAGGCUUGUAAAAGUACCUUCCUGUUCUACCUGGUUGAAACAGAAGACAAGUCAUUCUUUGUAAGAACAAAGAACAUUCUGAGGAAAGGAGGCCAUACGGAAAUUGAACCUCAGCAUUUCUGUCAAGGUUUUCACAGAGAGAAUGAUAAACUAAUUGUCAUCAUCAGAAAUGAAGAUAUAUCAUCAUAUUUGCAUCAAAUUCCUUCUUUGCUGAAGCUGAAGCACUUCCCCAGCGUGGUCUUUGCUGGAAUAGAUAGCCCUGAGGAUGUCCUUGAUUGUACCUACCAAGAGCUAUUCCGUACAGGAGGCUUUGUGAUAUCAGAUGACAAAAUAUUAGAAACUUUAACAUUAGUUCAACUGAAGGAAAUUGUCAAAAUCCUGGAAAAACUAAAUGGAAAUGGAAGAUGGAAGUGGUUGCUUCACUAUAGGGAAAAUAAAAAACUAAAGGAAGACGUAAGAGUGGAUUCAGUUGCACAUAAAAAGAACUUAAUAUUGAAAUCAUAUCAGAGUGCAAAUAUUAUUGAAUUGCUUCAUUAUCACCAAUGUGACUCUCAAUCAUCAACGAAAGUGGAAACUUUGAAAUGUUUGAUCAACCUGCAAAUUCAGCAUAUUGAUGCCAGGUUUGCAGUCUUCCUAACAGAUAAGCCUACUGUCUCUAGAGAAGUCCUUGAAAAUAGUGGAAUCCUCGUUACAGAAGUAAAUAACUUUAUUGAAAAUAUACAAAAAGUAGCAGCUCCAUUUAGGAGUAGCUAUUGGUAAGAAUAUUUUUAUGUAACUCUCCCAUGUGAGUUGGAGUUAUAGACAACAGAUACUCAACAUUUGUGCCUAUAAGGAAACAGUUCAAAAACUGUUUACAUUAUAUACCAUGCAAUAAAUUUAAAGUGUUUAUUUAUUUAGAGGUAGAAUUGCUGUUACUUUGCUGUAAAUGGGAAUUCCUGAAGUAUCACUAAUGAAAUAACCAACCUUACUUCAGAUUACCCAUUUUAUCUGAAUGAUAUGCAUUUUCAUUUGCAAUUAACCUGGGCUUCCAGGACAGAAGAUAAUGUAACCUCAUCUUAAGAUGCACAGGAGUUUUCCCUAUUAGUAGAUAUAGAGAUAUAGCACCCCAUCCACAAAAUAUUUCGUUUUAAAUUUUGUUUUAAAGAUGGAUUUAAUAUCAAUUUUGUGUUUAUCUAGGUGACUCAACUGCAGCUCACAUAAAUGCCAACAACAAAUUACUAUUUUCCCUUUCUUUGAAAAUCUUUGAGAUACACAAAACAGUCUUCUCAUAUUUGAUAAAUCAACGUUGUACAACUUGGAAAGUUCUCCUUUUCCUUUUUUUAUAUUUUGCUAAAAUGUCUGUGUACAGUGGCAUAGUACUAUUGUCCAUUAGCUUUGGGUUGCAGUGUUAAAUAUUGUUUUAAAUUAUUUUAAGCAGAAUGCCUUCAAAACUAUUAAUUGAGCUUAAUGUUAAAGAUAAGAAUUUUACACAUGGGUACUAAGUUGGAGCAAAAAUACGUCUAUUUUAAUAAAUAACUUUGUUUUUGCAUGUGAACAUCAGAAAGGGGUAGGUAAUGCACGUUAUGAUCUGUUUUAAAGGUUGUACUAACCUUUUAAAAACUAUAAUCUUAAGCAGUUUUAUUUUCUGUUAUACAAGCAACACUACGUAAAGUUAAAACAUUUUUUCCUAAACGGUACAAAUUUAUAAACUGUCAUUUUUUACUUAUUCGGUUUUUGUAAAUACUGCACUACAAAAUCAACUUU